CGCCCCUCCCCGCCCGGGCCCGGCUCGGGCUCCAGCAGCUGCGGGAGCAGUUCCGGGGGUGGGCUCGCGGGUGCGGCGGCGGUGGCAGCACGGCUAUGGCCGCGCGGUCGGACCUUGAGCUGCGGCGGGAGCUGCAGGCCCUGGGCUUCGAGCCUGGGCCCAUCACCGACACCACCCGAGACGUCUACCUCAACAAACUGCAGCGGCUGCGAGGCGAGGCCCGGCAGCGCGCGAGGCCCGGAACGGGGCUGCUGCGGCCUGAGACGGCGCGCCCGGGCCUGGGCCUGGGGCCAGGGACUCGACUGGGAGUCGGGGCCGCUUCUGCCUCUUCCUCCUCACCCUGGGCCGGGAGCCGCCCAAGCAUCCACCACUUAACCUCCGGGACCCGCAGCACUUCCUCUUGGCGCCCGAUCCGGGAACGGGACAGCUCCGAGGAGGACGAGCCGCCUGCCCCGAGCCCCAGUCCUUGCCGCUGGUGGGCCCGGGCCCCGGCCCCGGCCCCGGCUUCGGUCUCGGCGCGCAGCCCAGCUGCGUACGGGGGCCCCCGACCUCGGUCCCGGUCCCGGCCCGAGGUGGGGCGGCGGCUGGAGCGCUGGCUUUCGCGCCUUCUGUGCUGGGCUAGCCUGGCGCUUUUGCUCGUCUUCCUGGGCAUCCUGUGGGUGAAGAUGGGGGGGCCUGCCCGAGCACAGGAGGCGGAGGAGAACAUGAAGUUGUUGCCGGUGGAUUGUGAGAGAAAAACAGAUGCGUUCUGCCAGGUUGAACAAAAAAAAGUUUUGCUGGAGGUACUACAUGAAUUAUAUAACUUCUUGGCCAUACAAGCGGGUAAUUUUGAAUGUGGAAAUCCAGAGAAUCUAAAAAGUAAAUGCAUUCCUGUUAUUGAAGCACAGGAAUACAUUGCAAAUGUAACCGGCAGUUCACCAGCAAGGUUUGAAGCUGCAUUGACCUGGAUACUGAACAGUAACAAGGAUGUAGGAAUCUGGUUGAAAGGGGAUGACCUUUCUGAGUCAGUGACAAAUGUGGACAAGGUGGUUUGCCUGGAAUCUGCCCAUCCCCGGAUGGGCUUGGGCUGCCGGCUCAGUCGGGCUCUGCUGACAGCCAUUACCACUGUACUCCUUUUUUUCUGGGGUCUGGCUUUUUUAUGGGGUCUUCUAAUUCUUCUGAAAUAUCGGUGGCGGAAAUUAGAGGAAGAAGAACAAGCCAUGUAUGAGAUGGUGAAGAAAAUUAUAGCUGUGGUUCAGGAUCAUUAUGUUGAUUGGGAGCAGGACAUGGAACGCUAUCCAUAUGUAGGCAUCCUUCACGUGCGGGACACACUAAUUCCACCUCAGAGCCGGAGGCGCAUGAAGCGGGUCUGGGACAGAGCAGUGGAAUUUCUGGCAUCCAACGAAUCCCGGAUUCAGACAGAGUCACACAGGGUGGCUGGAGAAGACAUGCUGGUGUGGAGAUGGACUAAGCCCUCUUAUUUUUCUGACUCUGAACGCUAACCUCCCCAGAGGCAGGGUCAGACAUUCUUGUUUCAGCCUGUCCUUGGGGACAGUUUCCACCUUAGGACUAACAGAGAGGGGUUCACAGAUCUUCUGGUGCUGAAUUCAUACUCAUGCCUUGACCUCCCGAUUUCUUCUCUUACCCAUGCAUUGCUCCCAUUUCUGAAGGUCACGCCAAGAAAUUUUUGAAAAGUUUAGCUUGUGAGAACUAUCUAGAUUUGCCUUGAGGAUUGGGGAGGAAAUAAGUUGGGUCAUAAAGUUCAUCCUUGGUGUUUUUUUUUUUUUCCAGCAAGUACACCCCUCCUCCCUUUCCUGUUCAGAAUCCCUCUUCUAAUAGGAAGUACAAAGGGCUUUGUUUCUCACAAAAAAGGUGGAGGCCCCAUAGCCAUAUAUGCUGCUUGAGAUUCAGUGAAAUGCAAUCAGUACCUUCUCCCAGCAGCAUGGCCAGCACCUGCUGUGGCUGAUUUGGUGGUGCAAUCUUGAAGAAAUGUUUCCUGGGGUUGGGUCAUAUAGUGGCAGCUAAUGAGGGUUACAUUGAGGCCUUAGGAACUGAAGAUAGCUGCACAGGUAUGUGGACAUGAAAAGAAAAAAAGAGUCUGCUUCGGGAAGAAAAGAGUUCAGGAAAACUGAAGUGCACAUGGGAAGACCUAUUGUAGUGAUGAAUAGCCUGCCCUACCUAGAUCAGGGCAUCUGUGAGUUUGGUGGGUCCCUGGGACAUGGUCUGUGGUUUAUCUGUGAGUGUGGGGUGCCAGUCAUUGCCCCCUGAUUCUGCAACAGAUCUAUAGGUAAUUAAUGGGGAAGCAAAUGCUUAGGUAGUGGAACUCAACAGAUUUUUAAUUUUUGUACUGUUUUCAUCACAAAGUCAGCCUUUUUAAGGUGGUGGUGUUUAACCCGUGGUAGUUCUUACUAGAAAUAGUCAUUUUUGGUUGGACUGACAAUUUCACCAGCAUCAUCUCUGUACUGUAACGGGAAUCCUCAUUCUGAGGAAUGACUGAGGCCAUACCUGGGGUGUUUCCUGUGUUGUUAAACCACGAUAAUCAGUCCCCAAGGCUAUGUCUCAUAGAGUGACUUCUUCCACACACGUUGCACAUCCUAUCCACAACCUACAAUAUCUUCCAAUGAGGCUUCAGCACUUCCUCCCCCUGCUGGCCAAAUAAUAGAGUUGCAGGGCUUUCACCUCAUAAUUCUGAAACUGCAGAACUUCAUUACCUACCUCCUGCUGGCUCAUCAACUCAAAUCAGAACAGAGAAGAACGUCUCCAGAAACAGACUGUGGGAGGUCUUAUUAGUCAAGUAGGAAAGAUCCCACGCUAACUUGAAUCUUAUCUCCAUAUGUUUUCAUCUGUGGCAGGAGUGGGGUAUCUGAACAAAAGCAAACUCAACAACUAUCUCAGAAAGAUACUAACCAUCUCUUUCUGAUGUUUUUUUAAUAAAUUCCAGUAUCCCAUAUUUUAGCAAUACUAUUUCCUCUGAUGUUUGUAUGAUCCAUGGUGCCUGUAAUCUUAAACUCCAGCUCAAUUGUCUAGAAAUACCUUUAUAAUCAGGCUUCAAAUGAACUUCAUUAUUGGUGGCUAAAUUGCUAGAAGAAUAGCACUAUUUAUUAAAAACUAAUUUGUUUCUUUAA